AAUGACACACUUCUUGACUUGUUGUGUGUGAAAUAUGCAUGAUGUCCCACUCCUACCAGCACUCACAACCACAACAAAGACGGUUAUUAUCCCAAAACCAUCUGAACCAACAAAUUAAUAAUAAUAUUAUUCCUGCUUCUCAAACACUUCACAAACACAAACUACCCUCAUUUUCAACAUCAACUCCAACCCUCUCUUUCUUUGGCGCCAAGCUUGUAUCAUCAUCUAGCUCUCACCAACAUUAUGAAAAACAGCAACCUCAUAGCCCUCCAAUCUCAUGUUGUUUUAAUGUUUCUUCUAAGCGCUUCAAGUUUGGUUUUGCCGAGGUUUCUUCCAUGGAUACUGAUCAACUAGAUUUCUCAUCACUUAAAUCUCCCUCUCACAUUAAUAUUAGAAAAAACAAAAUUAAUGGGCUACAAAAGAGAGAGGAACUUGAAAAAGAGGUCUCUAUGCUUCAAAAGUUGUUAGACCAAGAAGAAAAAGUUCAUGAAAUAUUGGAUAUGGUGAAUAGUAGACCAAACGGUUCAGCUAUUUCUAUUCCCAAUUUUCUUCCUUCUAAGAUGAGAGAACUGUUAACAGAGCUAGUGAUGGUUGAGGGUGAGAUAGCUAGACUUGAAAGCCAAAUUAGCCAACUUCAAGCUGGUUUGAAACGUGAACAAGAAGUCACAAAGGAAUCCAAGUCAAAAACAUGGAACCAAGGAAAUUUGAUGAGUAAUUCUAAUUACAAUUAUUUAUCAAAUUCAACAAUUACAAAUCCUAGUAAUUCUGUUCAAAGAAGUAGUAGUAGUGUUCAUGAAAGGAUGGCAUUUGAAACCAAGGCAUUACAUUUCAUUAGUAAAGCUAUAAAGGGUGAUUAUAAUCUCAAUGAUUUUAGUCUUAAUGAGAAAACAGGAUUUUCUAAAAAUUCUGUUGAACAGAAAGAAAAUAGUUUUCAAGAAGAUGUGAAAUUUCAUGAAAGAAUUUCAAGGAAAAAUGGGGCAUUGAAGCCUCCUUCACCUAUGCGAGACCCUCGCCAUCCAUCACCUAAGCUGCGAGAGCGUAAUUCGGAUAUGUAUUUAGAUCUCCCAACUAGAUCACUACUUGAUCCACUUUUAUCAGAAGACAACGACCUAAAGUGGCAACCAAACAAAUUAUCUGAAAGCAUAAUGAAAUGUUUGAAUUUCAUAUAUGUACGAUUACUAAGAACAUCAAGAGCAAUGGAAUUAGAGAAAUCAGGACCAGUUUCAAGGUCUUUACAUUCUUCUUUAAGCUCAAGAAGCUUCAGGGUCGAUACAGGAUCGACCCCAAAACCAAAUCUUAUGUUGCAUAAGGAAUCAAGGCAACAAGACCCAUAUGGUAUUUUUAAUACAGAAGAGUCCAUUCCAAGGGAUAUUGGUCCUUAUAAGAAUUUGGUUAUAUUCACAUCAAGUUCUAUGGAUCCAAAGUUCAUCUCAAGCCCUUCCUCUGUUCCAUUACUAAGAAAGUUAAGGAUCUUGAUGAGCAAUCUUCAGACAGUUGAUUUGAAAGGGCUUACAAAUCAACAAAAGUUAGCAUUUUGGAUCAACUUGUACAAUGCUUGUAUCAUGCAUGGAUUCAUCCAAUAUGGAGUGCCAUCCACCCCAGAAAAGCUAACAGCAUUGAUGAACAAGGCAACCCUCAACAUAGGAGGCAACAUAAUAAAUGCUCAAUCAAUAGAGCAUUUUAUUUUAAGGAAACGAGAUGCUUCUAAUAUAAAAGAGGCACAAAGGAAGUGCGAAUGGGAAGAAAAAGAAUCAGUUGUCCGUGAACAUUAUGGGCUUGAGUUUGUAGAUCCUAAUGUCACAUUUGCUCUCUGUAAUGGAACUCGUUCUUCACCAGCUGUGAGGAUAUAUACAGGGGAUGGUGUAACAGCUGAAUUGGAGAAAUCAAAACUAGACUAUCUUCAAGCUUCAAUUCUGGCUACCAGUACAAGAAGGAUAGCUUUUCCAGAACUGCUCCUAAGAAACAUGCUUGAUUUUGCUGUGGAUAUUGAUUCAUUGGUGGAGUGGGUGUGCAACCAGUUACCUACUUCAGGGACUCUAAGGAAAUCAAUGGUGGAAUGCUUUAGGGGUCAUGGUAAUGUCAAGGCCUCAACCAUUGUUGAAAAGAUACCCUGUGACUAUGAGUUCCAAUAUUUGUUGACAAUAUAAAUUUUAUAUUUCUUUUCCUUCUUACAAAACUUUGAGUAUACAAAAUAAAUGUAUAGAAGUAUUUUGAGCCAUAUUGUAUUGUCCUCUUUUUUUGGAAAGUGUCUGUUACAUAGUUUCGCUA